CCCGGAGGAAGCAGCAAGCGCCCCGGCGCGCAGCAGCUUAUGUUUCGGAUGAUCUGAAGGGAGCUGCGAUGGUGGAAGAUGACCUAGAACCGGAUGAGAAUGCAAUUGAUGGAGAACCGUCUGCAAAAUAUGCUUGCCCAGAAAAGGACUUCAGUAAGAACUGCCAGAGCUAUCAAAACUCUCCGGCCGCUGAAUUCUCCAGCCACGAAAUGGACAGCGAGUCCCACAUCAGUGAGACGAGCGACCGGAUGGCGGACUUUGAGAGCGGCUCCAUCAAAAACGAGGAGGAGAGCAAAGAGGUCUCGAUACAGCUGGAAGAGUCUGUCGUGUCGGACAGCUUGGAGCAAAUGAAAGCCGUAUAUAAUAACUUCCUCUCCAACUCCUACUGGUCCAACCUGAACUUGAAUCUUCACCAGCCGACCUCUGAAAAGAACAAAGGGAGCAGCAGUAGUAGCAGCAGCAGCAGCAGCAGCUGUGGGAGCGGCAGCUUUGACUGGCAUCAGACGGCCAUGGCGAAAACGCUGCAGCAAGUUUCGCAGAACAGGAUCCUCCCUGAGCCUAGCCUUUUUAGCACAGUUCAAUUAUACAGACAAAGCAGUAAGCUUUACGGCUCCAUAUUUACUGGAGCCAGUAAAUUCCGCUGUAAAGACUGCAGUGCCGCCUACGAUACUUUAGUAGAAUUAACAGUGCACAUGAAUGAAACGGGACAUUAUCGGGAUGACAACCAUGAAACGGAUAACAAUAACCCUAAAAGAUGGUCCAAGCCUCGUAAACGCUCCUUGCUUGAAAUGGAAGGGAAAGAAGAUGCCCAGAAAGUAUUAAAGUGUAUGUACUGUGGCCAUUCCUUUGAAUCACUUCAAGACUUGAGUGUCCAUAUGAUCAAAACUAAACAUUACCAAAAAGUGCCUCUGAAGGAACCUGUAACCCCUGUAGCAGCAAAAAUCAUCCCAGCCACAAGAAAGAAAACGUCAUUGGAGCUAGAACUUCCAAGUUCCCCAGACUCCACCGGUGGGACGCCGAAAGCAACUAUCUCUGACGCCAACGAUGCGCUUCAAAAGAAUUCCAAUCCUUAUAUUACGCCGAAUAAUCGUUAUGGACACCAGAAUGGUGCCAGCUAUGCCUGGCAUUUUGAAGCGAGGAAAUCUCAGAUCCUCAAAUGCAUGGAAUGUGGGAGUUCCCAUGAUACUUUGCAGGAACUCACGGCCCACAUGAUGGUGACGGGACAUUUCAUCAAAGUCACCAACUCGGCCAUGAAGAAAGGGAAGCCGAUUAUCGAAGCGCCAGUCACGCCGACCAUCACAGCUUUGCUCGAUGAAAAAGUGCAGUCCGUGCCUCUUGCAGCCACAACGUUCACGUCUCCUUCCAAUACGCCGUCUAGCAUCUCCCCCAAAUUAAGCAUGGAAGUAAAGAAAGAAGUCGAUAAGGACAGGAUCAUUGCUGACGAUAAGGUGAAAGACAAGGAAAAAUCAAGCGAGGAUGAGGAAAAAUAUGACAUCUCCUCCAAGUACCAUUAUUUGACUGAAAAUGACUUGGAGGAGAGUCCGAAGGGGGGACUAGAUAUUUUAAAGUCUUUAGAAAAUACAGUCACAUCCGCUAUUAACAAAGCCCAGAAUGGCACGCCAAGUUGGGGUGGCUAUCCUAGUAUCCAUGCUGCCUACCAACUACCGAACAUGAUGAAGUUGUCCCUGGGCUCAUCAGGGAAGAGCACCCCUUUAAAGCCGAUGUUUGGAAAUGCUGAAAUCGUAUCGCCAACCAAGAGCCAGCCACUAGUUUCUCCACCCAGCAGCCAAACGUCCCCAGUGCCAAAAACCAACUUCCAUGCCAUGGAAGAACUUGUGAAGAAAGUCACCGAAAAAGUGGCCAAAGUUGAAGAAAAAAUGAAGGAGCCCGAAGGAGGGAAGCUUUCCCCGAUAAAGAGAGCGACGCCAUCGCCGUGUAGCAGUGAAGUCAGCGAGCCCCUCAAGAUGGACACCUCCAAUGACAUUGGGUUUAAAAGCCAACAGAACAGCCCCAUUUCUCAGAGGGAGAGUUGCAAAGACAGCCCAACAGGAGAACCAAUGGAAAACGGCAAGGAACUCAUCAAGGCAAUCACAAGCACCUUGAGUAGCAGCACCGCGAUUAUUACUGAUCACCCUCCAGAACAACCAUUUGUAAAUCCGUUAAGUGCAUUACAGUCUGUCAUGAAUAUUCACCUUGGGAAGGCAGCUAAGCCCUCUUUGCCUGCCCUAGAUCCAAUGAGUAUGCUUUUUAAAAUGAGCAACAGCUUAGCAGAAAAGGCUGCAGUAGCGACCCCACCUUUGCAGUCCAAAAAGCCAGACCACUUAGACCGUUAUUUUUAUCAUGUCAACAAUGACCAGCCCAUAGAUUUGACGAAAGGCAAGAGUGACAAAAGCUGCUCUUUGGGUUCAGCGCUUUUGUCAUCCACAUCGGCAUCUUCGGCGUCUUCUUCAUCUACAGUGACAACGGCAAAGACAUCUGCGGUGGUGUCAUUCAUGUCAAACUCGCCGCUACGCGAGAAUGCCUUGUCAGAUAUCUCUGAUAUGCUGAAGAACCUGACAGAAAGUCACACAUCAAAAUCUUCCACACCUUCCAGCAUCUCUGAGAAAUCUGACAUUGACGGCACGACGAUCGAGGAACCGGAAGAGACGACCCCCGCUCAGAAAAGGAAGGGACGCCAGUCCAACUGGAACCCUCAACACUUGCUCAUUCUGCAGGCCCAGUUUGCAGCCAGCUUACGGCAGACAUCAGAGGGGAAAUACAUUAUGUCGGAUUUGAGCCCUCAGGAGAGAAUGCACAUUUCCAGGUUUACGGGGCUCUCUAUGACCACCAUCAGCCACUGGUUGGCCAAUGUGAAAUACCAGCUUCGAAGGACAGGUGGGACAAAGUUCCUUAAAAAUUUGGACACUGGGCACCCAGUGUUUUUUUGUAAUGACUGUGCUUCACAAAUCAGAACUCCUUCGACGUACAUCAGUCACCUCGAAUCACAUCUAGGUUUCAGGCUACGAGACUUGUCCAAACUCUCCAGUGAACAGAUUAACAAUCAGAUAGCACAAACCAAGUCACCAUCCGAAAAACUGUUGGCACCAUCGCCGGAAGACGACAUAGGGAGCUCCUACCAGUGUAAACUUUGCAACAGGACUUUUGCAAGCAAGCAUGCUGUGAAGCUCCAUCUCAGUAAAACGCACGGGAAGUCUCCAGAGGACCAUCUCCUGUACGUUUGCGAAUUAGAAAAGCAGUAGCAUUUACUUUCUGACACACAAACUAUGACGGCAACUGUACUUGGCUUUGAGGAAAACUGUCCAAAAUGCCUUAAAGCUACCCUUUUCUUCUAUUCUUGGCACAUAAUUCUUAUUUUAACUCUGGGGUGUCACUCUGGCCUGAACUACUUCUCUUU